AUGCAGACUGAUGGCAGCAAAGUGACCUGGAGAAAAUCUGACACAUAUCAAUUACUGGGGAACAUAACACAGGGGGACGUGUCACUGACCCUCACUGUUGUGAGCGAGAAAGAUGGAGGAACAUACUGCUGUCGGGUGGACAUCCCUGGAUGGUUCAAUGACUUAAAAGAAAACAUUGAUGUGAAGAUAAUCAAAAGGUAUGAAGACACUACACGUGUUACAGAACAAGUCACUACAAGAAGGGAAGAAACAUCCAAUACAGAUGUGAACACCUCCGGCACAUUCACAACAAUAACUGUGAAGACGACAUUUAUAGGCUCGGAGGAAUCUGAGAAAUUACAGGAUGAUCCUAAAAAUGUAGCCGUUUAUGUUAUCACUCUGGUUCUUUUCAUCCUUCUGGUGUCACUGAUGCUAUACACAUGGAAAUUCUACAAAGCCAAAAAGACUAAAGCAGACAGCAACGCAUUAGUGAUCAACAUUGAUGUUCUGGGAAGUGAAGGAAAUCAAGCCACGGAUAACAUCUAUACAUGA